AUGAAUUUAAUUAACAACUUCUGUAAAAAUCAUUCAAAUGUCUCUUUUUGUGGUGUUUUAAGAGCCAGACCAAACUUUAAAUUCCCAACAAAGGUAUGCAUUGAAUGCAUUUAAUAAUUCAACAUUCCUUAAGAUUAGGUGUUAGAAAAGGAAAAUUUAGUUGAAAAACUCUUUUAAAAAUCAAGUCAACACAAUUUAGUUGAAAAAAUAGGCUAAACUGAAUGCAAAUAAAUUUUUAUAGAAUUUCUUGAUAAACUUGAUGCAAUUUAAGAAUAAAUUGCUUUACUUAUUUCUAAAAUGAGAGAAUAUAUUAAUAUGAUCUCAAAAACUUGUAAAAUGGAGGAUGAGAGAUUUCUUAAGCUCAAUUAAUAUAAUUAAAAUCUAUUAGAGUGCUCUCCCUUGGAAUUAGAUUUUCUUAUAAGAUUUUUAGAUGGCAAUAUUUUUGAGGAAUGGAUCUAAACAAAAUAACAAGCAAUAUCUUAAACCAAAAAAGUUAUACAUACAAUUGAAAGGCAAACCUUGAAUAUUGGUAAAAUAAAUCACCUACUUGAAUUAAUUUCCAAGAAUUUGUAAGAUUUCUCAAUAUUUUAAGAACAAAUAACAAAAUAAAUUAAAGAAUAUAUGAAUUAGAGGGUUUAAAGAAAGUUAAAGAUCAAUUAGAGAAAACUAAUUUAAAAAUGAUAAUAUAAAGUAAUGGUGAUUAAAAUUAUCUUAGCGAUGGCGAAAUAAUUAGAAAGUAAGACUUUAUAAUACGAUUUUAGAUAUUAAUAUAAGGAAUUUUAGGAAAAUGAAGUAGUAUUAAAUAAUUUAGAAUAAAUAAAAUACUUAAAUUUUAGAGAAUCUCCUGAGUUAUAUGGAUAAAAUUUCAAAUAAUGGAACAUAUAUUGGAAGUAAGAAUAAGUAGGAGGAGGUGUAUGCAAUUAAUAAGGAUAAAAGGAUGGAAAGUGGAUUGAUAUAAGCAACAAUUUUUGGGAGUAUGAUUUAAGUAAAUAAUAAUUAGUGGCAAAAAUGCAUUUGAAGUAGGACAUUACGAUAAAGAUACAAGAAUUGGACAUUGGAAGUUUAUUUUUAGGAAUUAAAUUAUGUAAUUAUAUUUUGGAAGUUUAGUGGAGGAGGGCUUUAUGAGGGUUAAGGUCUAAAAACAGGAAGAUGGAUUGAGUUGAGCGAUGGAUUUCACGAAAAAUCUUAAAUAAUUUUUAGCGGCCAAUAUGAAAAUGGUAAUAAAGUUGGAAAAUGGGAUAUUGAAUAUAGAUUUAAUGACAUCAUGCCAUUUUAAUAAAUGUAAGAUUAAGUUAGAUAAAUUUUUAGUGGUGGUGGUAUUUAUGAAUACGGGAAAGCCAACAUUAAGAAAGGAAAGUGGGUUGAAUUGAAUGAUAGAUUCCAAGAGUAUUCCUAAGUUACUUAUAAGGGUGAAUAUCAUUAAAAUAAAAAGAUUGGAAAUUGGGAAAUUUGGUAUAAGGAUUAUAAUUCAUAAAUUGAUUAAAAGAUGUACAACAUUUAUUAAUGAACACACUAAUAGUGGGGGCGGAGAGUAUGAUUAGUAAGUAGGUGGGAUGAAAAUUGGGAAGUGGAUUGAAUUGAGUGAUAGAUUUAGCUGUGAUUCUUAAGUCACUUAUAUAGGUGAGUAUAAAGGCAGUAAUAAAGUUGGUAAAUGGGACACUUAUUUCAGAUAUAAUUAUUCGACACCUUUAUAAAAAAUGUAAGUAGAUUUAAAUAAAAAAUUUAGAGCUGGUGGAUAUUAUGAUUAGGGAAGUAAUGGAAUAAAGAUAGGAAAAUGGAUUGAAUUGAGUGAAAGAUUUUGGAAAGAUUAGCAGGUGAUUUCUAUUGGUGAAUACAAUAAUGGUUAAAAAGUUGGUAGAUGGGAUAUUAAAUAUGAAGGAAAUUAAAUGUAAUAUUCGAAUGUAUUUAUUUAAGUGGUGGUGGAAUAUAUAAAGAAGGAGAUGCUGAUAUUAAGAAUGGAGAGUGGAUUGAGUUAAGUGAAGAUUUUGAAACAUGUUCCUAAGUUACUUACGUUGGUAAGUAUUAAAAUGGUAAGAAAAUUGGCAGAUGGGAUAUUUGGUUUACUGAUUAUAUUUCAAAGAAUAAAUAAUUGAUGUAAAUUAUAUUCAAUAAGAUUAGUGGUGGUGGUUCAUAUGAUAUAGAAUUUGGAGGAAUUAAGAUUGGAAAGUGGGUUGCUCUAUGUGAUAAUUUUAGAUAUGACUCUUAAGUUACUUACUGUGGGGAAUAUAAACAUGGUAAAAAAGUCAAUAAGUGGGAUAUAUUAUAUAAGGAUUAUGGAAUGAUUAAUUUUCAAGAAUUGUAUAAUAUUAAUCAAAGAUAAAUCAAUAGGGGUGGUGGAUAAUACGACGGUGAAGGAAAUGGAUUAAAAACCGGAAGUUGGGUUGAGCUUAGUGAAGAGUUCAAUAAUGAUUCUUAAGUAUAUUUUAGUGGUGAAUAUAAAAACGGUUACAAGGUAGGAAGAUGGGAUAUUUGGUAUAGAGAUGAUCGUACUAAACUGAAUAACUAGAUGUAAAUAUUUACUAUAUAAUUGAAGUGGAGGAGGAACUUACGAUGAAAUAGGUAAUGGUUUUAAGAUUGGAUAAUGGAUAGAGUAGGGAAAUAAAUAUUCAAGAGAUUCAUAAAUAAUAAUUUAUGGCGAAUACAAAUUUGGUAAAAGGUAUGGUAAAUAGAUAAUUCAACAUUAGGGAAAUUAAAUGUAAUAUUUAACAUGACUUAUAUUUAGUGGUGGUGGAAUGUUUGAUGAGGAAGCUAAUGGUUUUAAAAUUGGUUAGUGGAUAGAGAUAGCCAAAUAUUUCAACAAUUUAUCUUAAAUUAUUUAUAAAGGAGAAUAUGAAAAUGGGAAUAAAGUUGGUGAAUGGGUAGAAGUCAAUUUAAGUAAACUUGAAAAAAUUCAAGAGAGUCAUUAAGAACAUUGA